GGUCAGCUUUCAAUAUUGCAAGAAAAAAUUGAUCAUUUGGAACGCCUGUUGGCAGAAAAUAAUGAGAUUAUUUCAAACAUACGAGAUUCUGUGAUCAAUCUGAGUGAAUCAGUAAAGGAUGGUCAAAAAAAUCCAGAGGCUAUAAACUUCAGUCAAGGAUCAGUCUCUGAGGUCUUUCCAUCUGCUUCAGUUUUGUUUUCAGUUGAUUCUGAGGAUUGUUUGUUUUCUUCAAAAAGUGGAAGUCAUGGUUCAGGUGUACAGAUGUUGGAUGUCUAUGACAUUCUUCCUUUUGAUAAUCCAGAUGGUGGCGUGUGGAAGCAAGGAUUUGAUAUCACAUACAAUGAAAAUGAAUGGGACAGUGAACCUCUUCAAGUUUUUGUUGUGCCUCACUCGCAUAAUGACCCAGGUUGGCUGAAGACUUUUGAUGAUUACUUCAGAGAUCAGACACAGCAUAUCUUAAACAAUAUGGUUAUAAAACUGCAAGAAGACAACCGAAGGAAAUUUAUGUGGUCUGAGAUCUCUUACUUUUCAAAAUGGUGGGAUGGAAUAGAUAGCCAAAAAAAGGAUGCUGUUAAAAGGUUGAUAAAAGAUGGACAGUUUGAAAUAGUAACAGGGGGAUGGGUCAUGCCUGAUGAAGCGUCUUCUCAUUAUUUUGCUGUAAUUGACCAGCUGAUAGAAGGACAUCAAUGGCUAGAAAAGAACCUUGGAGUAAAACCAAAGUCUGGUUGGGCAGUUGAUCCUUUUGGGCAUUCACCAACAAUGGCCUACCUUCUGAAACGCGCAGGAUUUUCCAAUAUGCUUAUACAGAGAGUUCAUUACUCAGUUAAAAAACAUUUUUCAAAACAGAAGACACUAGAAUUUUUCUGGAGACAGAACUGGGAUUUGGGAUCCAGUACAGAUAUCCUUUGUCAUAUGAUGCCUUUCUACAGCUAUGACAUUCCUCAUACUUGUGGUCCAGAUCCAAAAAUCUGCUGUCAGUUUGAUUUCAGACGUCUUCCUGGAGGCAGAGUAAGCUGUCCAUGGAGAGUUCCACCAGAAGCCAUUCAUGCUGGAAAUGUUCAACACAG